GGAGGAUUAAUUUAAAUGUCAUUGAGUUUUCUUGUCAUGGAAGGAAUAAGCCGAGAUCAAUCUCAAUAUUGUGUGGCUUGGUAUGUCAUAUGUGGCUCCAAAGAAUUACUUGGAAUAGGAGAGAGGAUUAACGCCACAACAAGAAGGGGCAACACUGAUUCAAUGACCAGAAAAAGGGAGGUCUUUAAAUGCAAAUGGCGGUGCGAAAAUAGUUUCUCGGCAGAGGAGUCUUAUCACGGAGCAAUGUCUGGCACGAAGAGGCACGCGAACAGGAAAGCAGAGGAGCUUGAAAAACUAUGCAAUGCUAGGUUUGCAUUGUUUCUUACGAUCCAAAGGGUAAUUUUUCAGUCUCGCCAAGGGACCCGGCCAAGGCCAGAGAAAGCAUCACCGAGUUCAAAAAAAUGUAAGAAACCCAAUUUGUGUUGCUUGUGUGUAGACUUGUUUCAUUAGAAAUUAAGAUCACUCACAAUAGUGAAGAAGUCGGAACCAUUUGGAUCAGUUUCUCUGUUCUUAUGGCUGGGUGAGGUGCAACUUCCGUUUCUUACAAAUCAAAACCAAUUACUUGACUUUUGGGGUCACUUACCAACAACCAGUAUAGUAGAACGUAAAUAGUGCACACAGAAAUGGAGAGCUAAGAGAAUUUCAAUACUCCAGCAGAAAGGAGCAAGCAAAACACCAGA